AAAACUAACAAAACCAGCAAACGAAUGUUCAAAACCAAAAAAGAAGAAAAAAAAUUCUCUCAGAAAAGGAAAGAAAAAAAAAACCAUUCAAAUUCGUUACAGUUUGAGGAAUUGCAGUUAUGGAGGUAGCUAACGUCGUAGUCCGAACACCAGCUAUGGUGCCGGUGGCAACGGGAACAGUUCAGAAGAAACGAAGAAGAUUUAACGACGAUAACGAUGGAGAAGAAGCUGAAUUUAGAGUAGCUUCUUCAACGACGUCGUAUAUCCAGUUAAGAGGCCAGAGAAUUUUGGUGGAUCAUCAUCGCGGUUACAGAAAUCAGUGUUUGGGCUCUAACUCGGAUCAUGAUGAUGACGUGUCAUGUUCUUCAACCAGUUUCAGUUCGUGCGAGAAAAGAAAUAUUGAGUUGCCAGAUCUGGAGGAUGAGAGCAUUGAAGAUGAAACAUCCACGCAUUUCAGCAGCAGAGACAGCAGGAGAGAAAAGACGCCGUCAGCAGAGGCUGAAGACAUGGAUUCAAGGUCGAGGCCAUCAGAGCGGAGAUCAACGGUGGUGAAGAUGCCAACCGAAGCUGAACUGGAAGAAUUCUUCUCUGUUGCUGAGGAAAAACUUCAAAAUCACUUUGCUGAAAAGUACAACUACGAUAUUUUCAAGGAUGAACCGUUGGAAGGGCGUUGCAAGUGGAUUCGAUUGAAGCCAUGAAGAAAAUCCAACUCACACCGUUAGAAAAAUCUAUGAAAAAUUGCUAAAUAUAACGAAAUUCUGUUCGAAUAUAAUAUUUGGUGGUUUUGUGGAAAUUCGGAGCCACCAAAGUAAGUUUGUUUCAACUGCUAGAAUGUCUGCUGCUUCUUCCUCGUUUCUGGUAU